CCCUAUGGUAUAACAUGUAUAAACUUGAUCCUUUUAAUAUAGUGACACAUUAUCAAGCACUUAAAAAUUUGUGCCUUAAAAUUUAUCCAGGCUCGAGAAUAUUUUUUUAAAUAAAAAUUCCGAGAUUUCCCUAUGAAAUCACUCCGCGUUCGGCCACCAUACAGCCGAUCUGAAAGAGAUUUCCGAGCGUUUUAACUCACCGCGGACCGCCGAGAGCCCAAUCUUUCCACCGGCAUCGGGUUCGCUCUCCAGUCGCGGGGAAUGAGCUCGCCGGCGAGAUCAUCGGCGUCGGCGACAAGCGCGGGGGGGCAGGGGGCGGUGGCAGCGGCAACGCCGGCUUCGUUGACAGAGAUCUUCCUCUUACCACUUUCCCACAGAGCUCAUCUCCCGUCCCAUGACCGCAAGGCGGAAGCCGCUCGCCGUAAUCUUCCAAUCCUAUUGCAACCAGCCCUUAUUCCACCUCCCUCCUUUUCCUUUUCUGUAAAGUUUGCAUCUUUACGGAUUUUCCUAUUUCCUUCUCUAUUCAUAAUUCUUGAAUCGAGCGCGCCUUUUUUUCUUUGUUGUGAUUAUUUUUCUGAUUCAAUUCGUUCCUUGGGUAUUCCAGCAUUGAAAUCGGAAUUGGUGGCCUCACUUCAGAAGGAGGUAAAAUCCUUGGACGAAGACAGUUGGAGUUUUGCUCGCACUCGCUCCCAUAAAUUUACUUUUAUUUCGAGACCCGGUACUUUGGAUUUCUUCUGUCAGCUCUGUCUAAGCUGUAUCCAAACACAGGCAACAACUUUAAUAUCAGCCAGCUUGAGUGGACGAAUACCUGGUUAAGUCUCUACUAUAAACUUCAAAACCAUUCAGGUUCACCCUAUAAAGAAUGAAAAGAACUGACUCGAAUUUGAGCUUGUCAGAAACUAAAAUGACCAAGCUUGCCUGUGCUAUCAUGUGCAAGGACUUGUUCACUUGCCAGCACCACUAUCCUAAUUCCUAAAUAUUAAUGUUAGUUCAAUAAGAUGAUUUGAACAUCAAAAUCAAUUUGUUUGCACUCUUAAGAAUAUUUGCAUACCUGAACCCCAGGAGCAGUUGAAAAAUUUCUUCAUGUCUUGUACCUUAACGACAUUCCGGUAUACAUAUUUCUUAUCUGAAAUUUUUGAGAAGAGGAAAAUAUUAAACCCAAAUUUGUACACAUAACACUACAGAAGAGAGAAUGCUACAUCAACGAUUCAUAAUAGUCAUUUCUCCACUCUUUUGACUUCUUUCUUUGAUUAGGAAGCCUGAAACCUUGGUUGCACUGGCCAUAAAGUGGUGUGGUGUAAGCCAAGGGGUUUCCUAAGGGGAAGAUUGACUUUGACCAAGGGAAGGAGUUCAAGUUGAUAGGAAAAAUCUAAAGUCCAUAUCAAGGUGUCAUUUAAACUACCUAGUCCAAAAAUGUCACAUUCAGAAUUAGAGACAGCUAAAAAUAGGAGAAGGGGACUGACCUGGAUGAAUCUAUGUUUAGGUGAGGCUGGAGGCAAUUUCCGCAUAGGGAUCGAAGGCAGUCAAUGCAAUAGAAGUUUAGCUCUUUCUUCUUCUUGUCAUUGCAUGUCUGGAACAGCCUCAUAAAUGUUGCGGCGACAUCAUGGCCAACCAUAAGGGCAUUGAAUUGUUCUCCAUCACCUACAAAUAAGUGCUUUUCUGGUCAAAGUCUUUAGCCAAAAUAACAAUCAUAUAAUAUUAAAACCAAACAAAGAUCAGAGAAUGUUAAUCAACACGAAUGGAGCACUAUGCAACUUAUCAUUUUUGAAGCAUGCAUCUAACACCAUAAGAACCAGAAUAAAUUAUCUCUUUUAACCUAAAACCAGUCAGGGAUGUCUCCAUGCAAGUUAAGUUUGAUAGCAUAAACCAUCUUUAUGGUGUAUAAUAUUGUUAGGCCCUGUUGGAGAGCUG